AUGAGAGGUCUCCUGUAUACAGUGUGCGCGUUUGGGCUGUGCGCUUACGCUCUGGGCAAGGACGAAGCCGUCGUUAACAAGGACGCACCGGUGGACGGUGACAAGAAGUCGUCCGCGGACAAGACCCAGGACAAGAGGAGCCUGUACGACACCGGCUACGGUUACGGUUCCGGUUCGAGUUAUGGAUACGAUGUAGGCGUCGGCGGUGGCGAUUACCACGGUCACGGCCACGUGCUGUCCAAGACCAUCAUCAAGGAGGUGGCGCACCCAUACCCCGUGCCCGUCGAGAAGCACGUGCCGUACCCCGUUAAGGUGGCCGUACCAGUGGAUCGCCCGUACCCGGUGCACGUACCCAAACCUUACCCUGUGCACGUCGAGAAACCCGUGCCAUACCCCGUCAAAGUGUCCGUGCCGCAGCCAUACCCAGUGAUCAAGGAGAUCCCAGUACCAGUCAAGGUGCCUGUCGACCGUCCGUACCCAGUGCACGUGCCCAAACCAUACCCAGUGUACGUCGAGAAGCACGUCCCAUACCCAGUCGAGAAACACGUGCCGUACCCAGUCAAAGUGCCAGUCGACCGCCCUUACCCCGUGCACGUGCCCGUCGAGAAGCACGUCCCUUACCCCGUCGAGAAGCAUGUGCCCUACCCGGUCAAGGUGCCCGUCGACCGCCCCUACCCGGUCACAGUCGAGAAGCACAUACCGUAUCCAGUCGAGAAGCCCGUUCCAUACCCGGUCGAGAAGCUCGUCGCCUAUCCGGUCAAAGUUCCUGUGAAAGUCGAAGUCCCAGUACCGUACCCGGUCAAGAGCCACGACCACCACUACAGUCAUCACGAUGACUACCACCACAGCAGCUACUAA